AUGAAUUCUGCCAUAGUGCAACAACUCCGUUCUCUGUUGACGCUUUCUGAAGAAGAGGCUUCUCGGCAACUUCAGUCUCUGAAUGCAAGUCUUGGUGCUCAGACCGAAUUCCAGUUCGUUGAUCCAGCCAUGCGGCAGGACAUCGCAAAGAUGAUCGAGAGCUCGAGCGACAAGCCUUCUUUACGUGCACCAUUGCUGGAGUUGAUCAGGAUACUUGCUCGCGAUAAAAGACAGUUGGACGUGUUGCUUACAGAAGCAGUACGUAGCUUCAUAAUACGUGCAAGUGGGCACUCGGAUACGAACUCAGAGGUUCUCCAAGAUGUCAUUGAAGCAGACAAGUGUUUGGUGAAUACACUAUUCAAUUCCAGUGUUAUGCGACAUACCUUCGAGGCAGAAGCGAUUCCAUUUCUACUCGAGCGUAUUUCGGCUUUCACUAAUGCAAAUUAUUCUGGUCGAUAUGAAUGGAUCAAUGAAGUGCCUGAAGAUUCACGAAAUUCGCUUUGGCUGUUUGAUUUACGUAUUGCUUUCUUGACAUCUGCACAUUCGCCAUCGAUACAGCAAUUCACCAAUGAAAUCACUGAAAUUGUGUGCAAGCUAGUGAAAGGCAAGCACUCUUCUCCGGCCAUGGAACAGCAUGCUGUGAAUCUGUUGUCCACACUGAAGCUCAACAUAAACAUGCUUUGUCCCAAG